GGGAUUUGUUCGUUCCGGUUCUAUCAGAUUCAGACCCCUGCGGAUCGAUCGAUCGAGAUUGGAGAUAGAGAGAGAGAGAGAGAGAGAGAGAGAGAGAGAGAGAGAGGGAGAGGGAGAGGGAGAGGGAGAGGGAGAGGGAGACAGGAGGUCGGGAAAGGGGAAAACACACUACAAUCGUUGAAACUCACCAAUCUGUUAGCGUUUUUUGGGUUUGGAAUAGCGUUAUUCGGCCCGAGAAGCAAGAAAUGCAUGGCUGUUGUUGGUUAGGUCUGGUCUGAAAGCUAGGUUUAAGAGGUAUGGCUUCUGGUAUCGAAUCUCAAGGGUUUUCGCUUCGAAGAUACAAACGCUUGUUUCAUAGGUUUUCGAUUUAUCUUGCGCCAUGAUAUCUGUGAUGAACACCGACUGCGAAUUAGAUAGAAAACCUGAUGUCGCGGCUGAUAUGCAUUUUUUCGGGGUUGAACCACCCGAGAAAACUAGGGUUUCAGGCGAUACGCUUAGCCGACAGCGAAUCGAUGUCUCGAAUGGGGAUUCUAUUAGUGGGGAUGGUGGAAGGGUUUCCGGGGAAACUAGGGUUUCUCCGAAUGCCGAUUUUGGGGAAUCGAAGAGCAAAUCUGAAGUUAGGGCUUCGGGUAGGGAUGUAGCGAGUGGCAGGACUGAUGUUUCUGAUGUUGGAAUUCCUGAAGUGACAGAGACAGCAUCCGAGGAAGCUAAGAUUUCUUCGGACAUCAAUUAUGGAGUAGGCGGUAGAGUAAUUGACGAUGGGCCUUUUGAAGUUAAGACGGAGGAUCUACCACCUAGUGGUGGCAAUGAUUAUUUCUCUGUUCAUGGCACCGGAAUGGAGCAUUUAACGACUGGGAAUGGUGAAGGAGCUAGGGUUUCUUCUAUAGAAACAAAAGGAGAUGUAGAAACCAUGGAGGGAAACCCUGUUUCAGAUUUUGAUUCUUCAUAUCCUAGUCUCUGUGGAUGCGCUGCAACUGAGAUGCCUGGGUCAUUGGGAGCAGAAGCAGCGAAGGCAUUGCCUUAUGGGUUUGAAAUCGGAGAUAUGGUAUGGGGUAAGGUUAAAUCCCAUCCAUGGUGGCCAGGACAUAUCUAUAAUGAAGCAUUUGCAUCAUCUUCAGUGCGGCGGUCAAAGAGAGAGGGUUAUAUUCUGGUUGCUUUCUUUGGUGAUAGCAGUUAUGGAUGGUUUGACCCAGCAGAGCUCAUUCCUUUUGAUCCUCAUUAUGCUGAGAAAUCACGCCAGACAAACUCUCGUAACUUCAUCAAGGCUGUGGAAGAGGCAAUUGAUGAGGCAAGCAGGAGACGUGCUCUUGGGUUGACUUGUUUUUGUCGGAACCCAUUCAAUUUCCGGCCUGCAAGUUUGCCAGGGUACUUUGUAGUUGAUGUGGGUGGGUAUGAACCUGGGGGAGUUUAUUCACUGGAGCAAGUUAAGAAGGCAAGGGAUAGCUUUCAGCCAGUGGACACACUUUCUUUUGUACAGAAGUUGGCGUUGAUGCCUCAGAGUACCGAGCAAAGGAGUAUUGAUUGGAUUAAGAGCAUGGCUACUGUUCUUGCAUACCGUAAAGCAGUGUUUGAGGAGUUUGAUGCGACUUAUGCUGAGGCAUUUGGAAUGCAACCUGUACGUCCAUCUCGAGAUCCGAUGGGGUUAUUGGAUCAGCCUGCCAAAGUACCAUCUCGAGCUCCUUUGAGUGGUCCUCUUGUGAUUGCUGAAUCUCUUGGUGAAAAAAAGGGCACUGCAAAGACCAUCAAAGUCAAGGAUCAAUCAAAGAAAGACAAGUAUGUUCUAAAACGGAGAGAUGAACCAAAUGAUGCAAGGGCUUACCAUAUAAAUCAAGGGCAAGCAAGUUUCUUAGUGCCUUCAGCUUUCAAGGACGGAACAUCAACAUUAGGAGCUGGAGAAUAUGUAUUACAAAGGAGAGCUCCAGUUGUCUCAACAAAGACCCAAGUCCCUGGAAGACAGGACCAAAGUGGAAUUGUAGGUGGGGAAGGUGCAGUUCUGAAUCAGGGUGUAUCUGGGCAGGAAGAGAAUUUGGAUAAGAAACCAAUGGUUUCUAAACUGAGUUCAGUUGAUGUGAAAGUUAGCACUAGUCAGGUUGAUUUGCAAACCAGUUUAGCCGCUGGUCUUCCUACAACUCAGCCUACUGCAUAUGGCCAUACUCCUGAAACGCAAGUAGGUCCAGAAGAUAAGAAGUUCUAUCAAGACAAGGAGGUAUCUGCCUUGCGGGAGAAGGGAAAAAUUAGAUCAGACAAUUGUUCCAGUACCAUGAUUGGUGAUUCUGAACCAUCCAGUUUGGUCAGUGCAGAACACAAGAACACAAAACUAUCCAGCACUUUUGAAGUACUUGAACGACCCAAACAGAGAAUGCCAACAACACUCGAAGAUCAUCAUCAACCAAUGGAAGUGCAGGUAGGUUGCAAUGUUACACAUCCAUUAUCUCUUGGUCCCAAUCCUCUUGAUAGGGCUGUUGGGGUGGGUAGUGAUGGUGCAUCUAAUAGGGUAAAUGUUCUGAAAUGCCCAAGUGGAUAUCCUGUUUCUGAGAAAUCCACUGUAAGGGAGAAGAAGAAGAAGAAAAAGAAGGAAUUAGGCUUGGAGACUGGUACGGAUCAUCCACCUAAGCGUUUGAAGACUUCCAAAGAUGCGGAAUCAUUAAGAAAAUCGGCAGGAAAAUCCAUUGGGAUUGGUUUGGUUCCCCAAGAGGAUCCUCAGAAGAAAGUUGAUGGGGUCAGUAGUCCUUUUCCCUUGGAUGCUUCAAUGGCACCACCAGUGAUUGACAUUGGGGACAUUGAUGUUGAACUUCCACAGUUAGUGGGUGAUCUAUUAGCUCUUGCUCUUGAUCCCUUUUAUGGUGUUGAACGGAAUGGUCCUGCCAUUGUACGGCAUGUUCUCCUUCGGUUCCGGUCCCUCGUUUAUCAGAAAAGCUUGAUUCUUGUUCCUCCUACUGAGUCUGCUGAAACAUCUGAUUUUCGUACAAACAGAUCUUCCAGUGGUGGUGCUUCUGGCACCGUUCCUAAUGAGGAUGUGAAGGACUUGCCUUCUGCUAGACCGCCAAAACACCUUUCUAAAGUUGAUGAUCCAACAAAAGCUGGUCGGAAGCGAAGUUUAUCUGAUCGCCAGGAAGAAAUAGCUGUAAAGAGGAUGAAGAAAUUGAACGAGUUGAAGUUGAUGACUGAAAAGAAGGCUGGCAGCCAGAAGGCCCAAGAAAUGCAACGAGGAGAACGCAAAGAUGGCAAGGAUGCUGGCACGACUAUUCUGGCCAAGCAGAUGAGGCCGGAUUAUGAAAAGAAGCCAGAACCACCUGCAAGGAUAGCAGAACCCACAAUGCUCGUGAUGAAAUUCCCUCCCCGAACAUCGCUGCCCUCAGUGCCAGAGCUCAAGGCACGAUUCGCACGAUUUGGACCUCUUGAUCACUCUGCUACCCGAGUAUUUUGGAAGUCCUCUACAUGUCGGGUUGUGUUCAAGCACAAGUCACAUGCCCAGGUAGCACAUAGUUAUGCUGUUAGAAACAGCUCGCUGUUUGGGAAUGUGAAGGUAAACUAUCACCUGCGGGAGUUGGAAGCACCAACACCAGAGAUGCCUGAUUCUGGGAAGUGGCGGGCAGAAGUCACUUCUGAUGAAGUGCAAUCAAGGACCGUGGUUGCCAGUGACACUGUGAAUGAGCCAAGACCGAGAGCAGCCCUGAAGCAGCAGCCAACACAACCAUCCGUCCAGCUGAAGUCAUGUCUAAAGAAGCCGUCAGGAGAUGAGUCAGGGCAUGGCAUGGGUGGUGUUACAAGGGAGAGCCCCCGUGUAAAAUUCAUGUUGGGAGGUGAGGAGAGUGGUAGGGGGGAGCAGGUGGUGGUUAGUAGUAGCAACAACAACAACAAUGGUAGUAAUGCCGAUGGUGGUGGUGCAUCAUCUUCUCUUGCAAUGGAUGUUAAUACUAAGAACUUUCAAAAGGUCAUUCCUUCGCUGCCUCCAUUUAUUCCCCUUCCCCCUCGUAUUCCUGAUGUGCACGAGAGUCGUGGAGUUGUUGGUCAUUUACCCAAAUCACACCAUUUGCAUUUUAGCGAAGUGGAGACAAGGAACAACUACAACAACAACAACCAGAAUUCUAUUCCCAUCACCACCACCACCACCAUAGAUAUUUCUCAUCAGAUGCUGAGCCUUUUGAUGAGGUGCAGCGAUAUAGUUACUGAUGUGAAGAGCACGUUAGGAUAUGUGCCUUACCACCCUCUCUGACCACUGGCAAUUUUCAGAAUCCAACGAGGGCCAAGAUUUGAUUGAAUCAAACAAAUGCGAGAACUCACUAUUUGUUGGCUGCAUGUGCUUGGCGAGAGAGAGAGAGAGUUGGUAAAAACUCUAUGGUCAAGACCCCGGUGGACCGAGUAAUAGUAUGGGGAGGAGUGUACGGUUGUGGGGUUUGGUCAUGAAGAGCCACAUGUGUAAUCUAAAUUUCAUACUCAACAGAAAGAUCAUCUGUAUGGAUAUUAUUCUCUCUCGGAUUGCUGCUAAUGAAUUAUUUCUUCUCCCUUUUGCUUGUGCUCUGGGGAUCGUCUGCCCCGAUUGGCAGGCAGGCA